AUGGCUCUCACACAGGUGUCCUCCAACAAGUGCGCCGGUGGGUUUCAGAAGGUUUUUGAACAUGAAAGCUCUGAGCUCAGGUGUAAGAUGAAGUUCGCCGUCUACCUGCCCCCCAAAGCCGACACCGCCAAGUGUCCCGUCAUGUACUGGCUCUCAGGUCUGACGUGUACCGAGCAGAACUUCAUCACUAAAGCCGGCAGUCAGCUUCCUGCGGCGGAGCACGGCAUCAUCAUCGUAGCUCCGGACACUAGCCCACGUGGUUGUAACAUCGAGGGGGAGGAUGAGAACUGGGAUUUCGGCACUGGAGCUGGUUUCUAUGUCGACUCCACGGAGGACCCCUGGAAGACCAACUACCGCAUGUACUCCUACGUCACCACGGAGCUCCCCAAACUGAUCAAUGCUAACUUCCCCACCGACCCAGACAGGAUGUCCAUCAGCGGUCACUCUAUGGGCGGCCACGGGGCGCUCAUCUGUGCCCUGAAGAACCCUGGGAAAUACAAGGCUGUGUCUGCAUUCGCUCCCAUCUGUAACCCGAUGCAGUGUCCCUGGGGACAGAAAGCCUUCUCAGGAUACCUGGGCUCUGACAGGUCCACGUGGGAGGCGUACGAUGCCACCGUGUUGGCGGCGGCGUACUCCGGUCCUCAGCUCGACAUCCUUAUUGAUCAGGGCCGCGACGACCAGUUCCUGACGGCCAGUCAGCUGCUGCCCGACAACCUGAUCGCCGUCUGCUCUGAGAAGAAAAUCCCUGUUGUCUUCAGACUGCAGCCGGGCUACGACCACAGCUACUUCUUCAUCUACUCCUUCAUGCACGAUCACAUCAAGCACCACGCCAAGUACCUCAACGCCUGAGCAGCUAUGGACAUGGUCGUCCAGUUCACUGUGACCCUGCGCUGCUCUCCUGCCGUCCAACUGAUCUGCUUUCAAUUGUCGUCUGACUCACUGAAGAAUCGACUAUAAUAAGAGCAAUCCUGUUUCCUGAAAACCAUAAAAUAAGUCGAGUCACUGUCAUUUAAUCCCAGUUUGAAGCCGUCGUGCCUUCAGUCUAAAGACUUAAUUAGAAAAAAAGCUUUCUGGGUAAUUUGAGUUGAAGCCACAGUUCUCAGACAGUAUUAGUUAAAUAUCAGUGGAAAUGAGCCGCCAGUUGCAGCCAGCUGUACUUUUCAGAAUAAAAGCCUCUGUUAUUCA